GCUUGGAGUUGCAGAAGAGAAAACAUAUACGAUGGCUUCCUCCAGAUUUUCAGUGGCUUCCUCUUCUGCCAUGCUACUUGUUCUUGUAUUCCUAUCUUCCAUGGCUCAAGGAGACGAUAUCAAUAUACCACCUACUCUCUCGCCUUUCUUCGACAACAUCUGUGAUCAAGUCAACUGUGGUAAAGGAAACUGCUCGGUUGAUCUCGGCAAACCAUUUCAAUUCGUUUGCCAGUGUGAACCUGGAUGGAAGAGGACUCGUUCCACCGACGACAACGAAGAAGAUGAUCAUCAGUUUCUUCCUUGCGUCAUUCCCAACUGUACCCUAGACUACUCGUGCAUGCCGGCUGCUCCUCCAAGUCCACCAAUUCCUGAUAAUAUCUCUGUCUUCGAUCCUUGCUACUGGACAUACUGUGGAGAAGGUACAUGCUCCAAGAAUCUUUCGUAUACAUAUACGCAUACAUGUGAAUGCAAUCCCGGAUACACCAAUCUCAUGAACACCUCGCAUUUUCCAUGUUUCAGCAACUGUGCUAUUGGAGCCGACUGCAGAAGACUUGGGAUACGGGUAUUGGAAGCCACCUCUCCUUCUGGUGAUCAAAGUCAAGGUACGAGAUUUCUUCCUGGAGGCUUUCAUGGGAUUGAAAUUAUAGUUAUAUCUGUUAUCAUGGCUCUAUGGAAAUAGGAAACAGUAUUCGCGUUGCUGUUGUUGAUUAGUUUGUUUUGAGGUCAUGAUGUUUCUAUUGAUCGAUAUACAUGUAUUAUUAACAAUAUGUUUUUUGUAUGAUAAUAAUAAUCAUAAUAAAUAAGUUUUGGUUGUAGAAAUAAAAGCCCCA